AUGUCUACCAUCUCGAGAACGCUAGGCAAUCUUCGCAAGAUUGGCCUGAAGGAAUACUGGCAUCAACUCAACUACAUCGGCGACACCAAGGCCGGUACGCUCAUCGGCACCGACAAAUUCGGUAACAAGUACUACGAGAACAUGACGGACGAGCUUCCCUUGCGGACACGAUGGGUGGACUACAAGCAACACGACUUCGACCCCGCACAAAUCGAGCCCCUCUGGCACGCAUGGAUGUCCUAUGCCGUCGACCAACCUCCUACGGUGGAUCCACUGGCCAAAAUAGCCCGCAGCUGGGCCAAGCCGCAUCACAUUCCGAAUUACACGCAGACGAGGGGCGCGUACAAGCCAUACAACACGGUCAAGCCAAAGAUUGAUUCGUGGGAGCCUAUUGCAAAGUCGCGAUAAGGGAGGAGAGGUUGGAUGGAUCGGAGGAGCGGCCAGCCAUGUACAUAAAACGGUAGAAGCCGAUAAAGCACGGUCGGAAAUGAAGAGAGGC